AUGCAUUUCAUGCCAAGUAUCGCAGUUGUGCUAGUGUUCGGGACAGGCUCCUCGUUUUCUUGGCCUACACUAGCAGUAGGAGGUCCUCUAGCAAACGUUCCAACAUUUGAAGACGCCGACUUUGACACGAAUACUGUGAUCAAAAUAUUGGGGCAAAAGAAGAAGAACGCGGCAAAGUCACCAACUUAUCCUACCCCGAUUACUAAAGCUCCAGCUACAAUCACUUCCACUCCCUCUUCCAAUAAUACUGUCCUCAGAAUUAAAGGCGAAAACAACAAAAAAAUUAAAACCAACGGGUUUUUCGGCUCCCCUAAUUCCGUCCAGGGCGGAUUCCUGUUCACCAAGAUAAAUAUGCCUUCGAAUGCUGUUGGAAAUCUAGAGGUCGAAUACAAUGGCACUGAAGCCAAUACAAUUCUUGUUGCACCCAAGAUGGUUAAUACACAACCACCCACAGGAAUGGUGUUCGUUGACCCAAUGACGUUCAUAGUUUCUACUGAGAAGCCCCCCGUUACGGGUGAUACGCUAAAAAUAGAUUAUAUAUUCACCGAGGCCGUGAAGUCAGCAGUGGACCCAUCCCUAGUUAGAGUCGGAAAGCUGGAUACGGCGACCAACCAGUGGGUGACAGAUGGGUUGGGGGAGUUUGAGUUCGAAAAAGAAGAGAACGAGUGGUCCCAGGAGGUAUCAGAUUUGAACGGCGAGUGGGGCCUUUUUGCUCCUCUAGCUGCUGGGCAGCCAGGCCAGGCGUGA